CAGACCACGGGCCCGUGGUUCGUGAAGUUCCACGCCCCGUGGUGCGGCCACUGCAGAGCGUUGGCGCCGACGUGGGCGAACGUCGCGGAAGAGCUCGACGGCGCGGUCGCCGUCGCGGACGUGGACUGCACGGCCAACCCGGGGACGUGCGACCGGUUCAACAAGGUCGUCAAGGGGUACCCCACGCUCGUGCUGUUCCGGGAC